CAGGGUCACACAGGGGAGAGGGGGACGGGGACACACUGAGAGGGACACGGAAUGGGGGACAGGGACACAAGGGUGGUGUACAGUGAUACACUGAGGGGGACACGAGACGGGGGACAGAGGCACACACAGGCAGAUGGGGACACACGGGGAGAGGGGGGGGACAUGAUGCCACCAGGACACACGUGUGGGGACGCUGCCACGACAUCUCAGCACAAGAAGCCACCAGGACGUGCCACCAGGACGCGCACUGGGACAAAAGCCGGAUGCGGUGACACCCAGUGCGGGGCCACCAUGUGACCCGCGGGUGACACCGCCCCGUCCGACCCUUGUCCUGUCCCCAGCCUGUCCUCAGGACCGGCUCCAUGGCGGUGGUUUCCGCGCUGGGUUCCCUGGCCGCGGUGGCCCUGGGCACCUUCGUGGUGGCCCUGCUGCUGCGGUGGCUCUGGGAUGCGCUGCUCGCUGUCACCCGAUUCCGGGCCACUUGUCGCCAGCUGAACAAGUUUCCCACCCCGCCCUGGCGCAAUUGGUUGCUGGGACACACCGGCAUGGGCCAGAGCACAGAGCAGGGUCUGCAGCAGGUGGACGCCUUGGUGGCCGGGUACUGUUAUGGUUGCCUCUGGUGGGGACUUCCCUGGCUGCCCGUCCAGCGCCUCUUCCACCCCAGCACCCUUCAGCCACUCCUCAGUGCCUCAGCUUUUGUGACCCCCAAGGACAAAACUUUCUAUGGCUUCCUCAAGCCCUGGCUUGGGGAGGGGCUGCUGCUGAGCGGCGGGCAGCACUGGGCACGGCACCGGCGGCUCUUGACCCCCGCCUUCCACAGGGAUGUUCUCUGGGCUUACCUGUGAAUCUUCAACCAGAGCACCCGCGUGCUGCUGGCCAAGUGGGGGGCAGCAGCAGCGGCAGCUGCCGGGGGGCCACUGGAGAUGGAGGUGCUGCAGCCCCUGAGCCUCCUCACCCUGGACACGCUCCAGAAGUGCAUCUUCAGCCACGAGAACCACUGCCAGGAGCAGCCCAGUGAGUAUAUCCAGGCCAUCCUGGAGCUGAGCUCGUUGGUGGUUCGGCACCAGCUCCGGCCAUUUCUCCACCCAUGGUGGCUGUACAGGCUCUCCUCUGAUGGUCGGCGCUUUGCCCGUGCCUGUGCCACCAUCCACGCCUUCACCGCUGACGUGGUGCAGCAUUGGCGCCGUGCGCUUGCCCGCCUGGGCCACCAGGCCUGGCUGGAUAGCCACCGGGGAUGCAGCAUGGACUUCAUCGACCUCCUGCUGCUCACCAAGGACGAGGAUGGCCACACGCUGUCGGAUGAGGACAUCGCGGCCGAGGCUGACACCUUCAUGUUUGAGGGCCACGACACCACGGCCAGUGGCCUGGCAUGGUUCUUCUACAACCUGGCUGGCCACCCUGAGCACCAGGAGCGAUGCCACCGAGAGGUCCAGGAGCUCCUGGUUGGCCGGGACACUGCAGACGUUGAAUGGGAGGACCUGUCCCAGCUGCCCUUCACCACCAUGUGCAUCAAGGAGAGCCUGCGGCUGCACCCUCCUGUCACUGCCGUGUCCCGGCGCUGCACUGAAGACGUUCCCCUGCGUGAUGGCCAUGUCAUCCCCAAGGGGGUCAUCUGCCUGAUGAGCAUCUACGGGACCCACCACAACCCAGAACUCUGGCCCGAGCCUGAGGUGUUUGAUCCCCUGCGAUUCAGCCCAGAGAACAGCAAGGGACGGUCUCCCUCAUCCUUCAUCCCUUUCUCUGCUGGCCCCAGGAACUGCAUCGGGCAGAGCUUUGCCAUGGCUGAGAUGAAGGUGGUGGUGGCACUCACACUGUCCCAGUUCGUGCUGCGGAGGGACACAACGAGGCCACCCCCACGCCACAAGCCCGAGCUGAUCCUGCAAGCUGAGGAUGGGAUCUGGCUGCUUCUGGAGCCACUGGUGGGAGUGGCCUGAGGGACACAGGUCACCAGGACAUGGGGACACCCUGCCAGGCAGGUGUCACAUGCAGGGGAGGAGUGAGAAUACACGGUAGCAUGAAGGGGACAGUAUUGUUGUGGUGGUGGGGAGGUGUUGUCCUUGGUCAGGGGACACCUCAUGGCAUGGACAUGCCCACCCAUGGACUUGUCCCCUAGGCCACUUGUCACCAUCCAUGGCCGUAUUCCCCCUUGUCACCACCUGUGUCUGUGACCACCCCAUGCCAGAUUUCUCUAUCCACAGCCACAUCAACACUCAUAUCCAUGUCCAUAUCCAUAACCAUAUCCAUGUCCAUACACAUGUCCAUGUCCCAGUCCCCACCAUGUCCCCACCCACAUCCCACAAUAUCCUCACCCAUGACUUAGUUCAACGUCUUUAUUUUCACUCCAAUGUUGGGUGAAGGGAUGAAGAAAAAUGAAAUAAAAUCAAGGCCAAAAUAAAAGGAUUGACCUGUCCAGGACCAUCCAGUAUUCCUUGACGCUGCCAGAUGAAAUGAUUGGAUGCAAAAGGAGAAAUUUUUUAGGGUCGAAAGUAAAAUCCGCUCUCCCAAAUUACAGUAAUCUCACGACUAUAAGGCGCACCCUUUUGACUAAAAUUUUCCCCUGAACCCAGAAUGCGCCUUAUAGUCCGGUGCGCCU